UCUUCCCCCUUCUUAGUGGUACCUCCCUGGAAGAUCUGGACACAUCUCCCUUUCCCCUGGGAUGCAGUUUGAAACUUCUGCUUCUGUAAACUUUGCACAGACCUAUAGAACCCAGUUCCAAAAGCCAGUUUCUCCUGAAACCUGGCCUUCAGAAAGUUUCUACGCAUGAGCGACGCCCCCCGCCAUCGUCCUCUAUGGAACAGCCCGCUGUACGGAAUGGACGCUAAGAUGGCGGCCCUCAUAGUGGAACACCUCGGCGCAGCCAUGUUCCUCGCCCGUCACCGCAGCUCUUGGUUCAAGUCUCUGCAGAUCUCUAACUGCACAUUGUUCAGAGAUUUGUUGGUAUCUCUAUGGAGCUGUUGAGCUUUCCCCUUAAUGGAGGCUGCAGGAUCUUCCAUUUAUUUUGACUGCAGCCCAUAUACAUACACCUCUCCAGCUUUGGAAGGUGGACUGGUAUCCAGAGUGAACAUGCCAGCUAAUGGGAAAUCACCCCAGAGGUUUCCUGCCCUGGUUCCAGGACAACCUGGUGGAUCGUUUGAGGUAUCCGUGUCAUUCGAAGAUGUGGCUGUGGAUUUUACCCGACAGGAGUGGCACAGACUGGAUCUUGCCCAGAGGACCAUGCACAGGGAUGUGAUGCUGGAGAACUACAGCAACCUGGUAUCUGUGGGCCUCUGCGUGGCCAAACCAGAGAUGAUCUUCAAGUUGGAGCGAGGGGAAGAACUGUGGAUGUUAGAGGAGGAAUCCUCAGACCAUGGUUACACAGGCUCUUUUUCACUGCCAGGUGCCAACAGUUCUGUUUGGAGUAAUUCCCUCAGGCAUGAUAAUGACCUUCAGCAUCAGAAGAUUCAAACUUUGGAUCAAACUGUUGAAUAUCAGAAAGCCUUCUACAAGAGAACAAGCUUUGUUGGACACAAAAGAACACACACGGGAGAGAGAAACUUUGAAUGUAAUGAAUGUGGGAAAACUUACUGCAGGAAAUCAAACCUUAUUGAACAUCUGAGAAUACACACAGGGGAGAGACCCUAUAAAUGUGGUGAAUGUGCAAAAACUUUUAGUGCAAGAUCAUACCUCAUUGCUCAUCAGAAAACUCACACAGGAGAGAAGCCCUUUGAAUGUAAUGAAUGUGGAAAGUCUUUUGGCAGGAAGUCACAACUCAUUCUACAUCAGAGAACACACACAGGAGAGAGACCCUAUGAAUGUACUGAUUGUGGGAAAACCUUUUCUGAGAAGGCAACCCUCAUGAUUCAUCAGAGAACUCACACAGGGGAGAAACCUUAUGAAUGUGGUGAAUGUGGGAAAACAUUUCGUGUUAAGAUAUCCCUUACUCAACAUGAGCGAACUCACACAGGGGAGAAACCCUAUGAAUGUGGUGCUUGUGGGAAAAACUUUGGUGCAAAAAAAUCCCUAAACCAACAUCAAAGAAUUCAUACAGGUGAGAAGCCCUAUAAAUGUGGUGAAUGUGGGAAAUUUUUCAGAUUGAAGAUGACUCUUAAUAAUCACCAGAGAACUCAUACGGGUGAAAAACCCUACCAGUGUAAUGAAUGUGGGAAAUCUUUCAGUGUGCACUCAUCUCUUGGAAUACAUCAGCGAAUUCACACAGGAGAGAAACCUUAUGAAUGUAACAAAUGUGGUAAUGCCUUCUAUGUCAAAGCACGCCUCAUUGAACAUCAGAGAAUGCAUUCAGGAGAAAAACCCUAUGAAUGUAGUGAAUGUGGAAAAAUCUUCAGUAUGAAGAAAUCCCUUUGUCAACACCAGAGAACUCACACAGGAGAGAAACUUUGUGAAUGAAGAAAUGCCUUUUCUGUGAAAGUAUGCCUCAUUAACACAGGAGAGACCCUUCGAAUGUCAAGAAUGUGGGAAAGCUUUCUGCCAGAAGGCACACCUCACAGAACAUCAGAGAACUCACUUAGGCCAGCCCUUGCCUUGUACUGUGGAGAAAGCUUCUCUAAGAAGACUCCCCUCAUCAUUUGGUCAAGCCCUUUGGGCCAUCUGAUUACUGGGGCACACAGAGUAUACCUGUAACAAUAUGGCUCCUGCCUUGGUGUGAAAAUUGUCCUGAUCCCCUUAGGGAGUGGCUCAUUGUUGUUUUCAUUUCAUUUGGAUUUCCCUAAUUGGUGGUAAGGUUGAGAAUCAGCUUACCUGUUGACUGGUCAUUGUUAUAUUUCUUCCGUGCAAUGACUGUUCAUAUCCUUUGCUCAUUGUUUUCUAAUAGGCUGUAUUUUACUUCUUGGUUUAAAUGUUGUUUUCCUUGUUCUUUAAAAAAUAUAUGAGAACAUAAAAAUCCCUUUUCAGUCAUUUGUGUUUCAGAUAUCUCCUCUCAGUCUGUGACUGGUUCUUUAAUUUUGUUAACUCUUUUCUUCUGCCUAAGGUUUUAUGUUUUCAUGUUAUCAUGUUAUCAGUUUCAAGGUGAUAAUAUUCUCCUGUACUUUCCUUUAAAAUGAAGGUUUCAUUUUCAACAUUGAAAAUUUUAAUCUACCCUAAGUUUUUUCUGUAUAAUAUGAAGUCUUCAAUAUAUAAUGCUAUAUUUUAAAAACUUUACAUCAGUAGUUUGUUUAUGCAGCUUGCUUUUCUUCAAGAAAUGUUACCUUUCCAAGAUCUAUCCAUGUUGGUAAAUAUAGCUCUGGUUUAUUUAUCUCUUCAUUCCCCUAGUGAAAGGCAUUUGUAUCAUUUCUGUGUUUAGUAUUUAAAUCUAGAAGUGGCAAUGAUGGGUCAUAGGGUGUAGGCAGUAUGCCAGUUAUUAAUCCAUUGUGCCCCAGUUCCAAACCUGCCCUUCUAUACCGGGGCUUUGUGAUGCUGGGGCCAUGACUCUAUAGAACACAUUCCUGUCUUGCCAGUUGCUACUCUCUGUUGGGUCUUGCCAAUAAGAGAUAUGAAAUAUAAAUGUUGAGCCUAUGGACGGAAGAAGGGACUUGCUCUUUUUUUUUUUCAAUUCCAGUUGGCUCCCUGUUUAUCUGAGUAUCAGCCCAGCAUUGCUUCUUCACUUGGGCAGCAGCAGAUCCUCAUGGUAGUAGCAGUUUAAUCCAGUUUGCACUUUCCCAGCACUAACAGCUCUAUGGUAUUGCGCCCCCUCAGAGACAUUUGCAACAUCUGGCUAGUGCCACCUCCUUAGAACUAUGAAUCUCAGUCACAUGAGACCCCACUUACAACCUUCUGUUUUUAGUAAUUCCAACUUCUUCCCUUUUUACCAUAGUCCCACUGCUUUCUGCAGUUGCUGAGUCCAUGAGAAUUUUAAUGUUCUUUUUGUUUUUAAGUUAGUUGGUUAGUAACUUCAUAACUAGUUAAAAAUUUUUUAUAAUAAAUUGUCUCUAUUAAAAUAACUGGUAUGGUUUCUGUCUCCUAGCUGGGUUCUGAUUGAUAUAGAAGUUUUUCAACUUGACUAAAUAUUAAAGUUUUUAAAAAUUGCACUAUUUUACACUCUCAUGAGCAGUUUGAGAAAAAGUUUACAUUUUCCCACAUAUUCACUAGGACUUAUCUGUUAUUUUUUUGAUAAAUUGUUGCCUAUCUGAAAGGUGUAAAAUGGCCUUAAGCCCUUCCAUCCUUGAAUGUGUUUGUCUUUUUAUUUAACUCAUUUAAAAUCUAUUAAAUUUUAAGUAGUAUUUUAUGGUUUUCUCUAAGAAAUUGUCUUUGAAAGUUAAUCUUUUAAUAGAAAAUUUGCUCAUAUAUAUGUAUAUACAUAUAUUUUAAAAUAUAAUGAUGUAUUAUGGGGUGUAUAUAUAUAUAUAUAUAUAUAUGUAAUAUAUGUUUCUAUCUAUAUGUUAAGUGUGUGUGUGUAUACACGUGUGUAUGUCUCCCCAGAAAACACUUUUGUUUUAUAUAUUCAUUUUGUUUUACCUACAUAUUUACCACUUUGGUUGCUCUUUAAUUUUUCUCAUUUCCUUCAUGAUCAUUUUCUUCUUUGCCUGAAAAAUAUCCUUUAGAGUUUUCUUUAGUGGAGGUCUGUCAAUGACAAAUCUCUCAACCUUGUGAAUGUUUCCCCUUGUACUUUUUUGAUAAGCAGAAACAAAUCCUUUACUUUUGGUAGCACUGUACCAUAAUAAAUAUUGAUGCUAAAUUACAUAAUUUUUUUGCUUUUUCCCCUGAGUGUUCCAUAAUGAUUACGACAACCCAGGGUAUUUGAAUUAAUUGUUAGAUGCCCCCCAAUACAGCAUACACUUGAAUAUACAUAUUACACUUUUCUCACUUUGUAUAUAGCAUGCCCUCACCCUUGUUUACUAAGCAUUAUGUUUAUCAAGAUGCCGUCUCUUCACUUCUUCCAAUCUUCAGCUCAUCCAUUAAAAAAUUAAAUCUGAUGUUUUAAAAUGACUAUUAUUAUGGAAAAUGUCAAACAUGAAAAAAAGUAAUCUAUGGUGACAGAAAGCAGAUCAGUGGUUGCCUCUGGGGUAGGAAUUAACUCCUAAGAGGUAGGAGGGAACUUCCCUUGGCGUGAUGGAACUAUUCUGUAUCUUGACUGUGUGUUAAUGAGAAUACACAAGAGUCAUCAAAUGAUUAAAUUUAAGAUUUGUGCAUUGUGUUGUAUGUAAAUUAUUUUUCAAUUAAAACUUUA